AUGGGGCAGCAGCAACUUCAGGGGACCUUGCACGAUAGAUUAAAGAGUCUAUGCAAGAGUGGGAAAUAUCAAAUUAAACAGAUGUUCCUGAAGAUGAUACCAGACUAUUGCAAAGUGGAAUGGAAGGGCUUAAUGUUACACACAAGUAUACAUCCAAGAUACAGAUUCAUUUUAUGGCUUGCAGUACAAAAGAGGCUAGCAACAAUUGAUAGAUUGCUGAAAUUUGGAAUCCAAGUACCAGCAGAAUGUAUUUUUUUCAAGAAUGGAUCAGAAACUUUCAACCAUUUGUUUUUCGAGUGUCCAGUUACAAGCAGAUUGUGGGCUAAACUAUGCCAUUGGCUGGGACAUAAAAGGAGCAUAGGUGACUGGGAAUGUGAGCUGGAAUGGAUAAACAAGAAAGCAAAGAGCAGAGCAGGUAUCAAUAGCAUAGCAUGUUGUGUGUUUGCCAUGACAGUUGCAAUGAUAUGGAGAGAAAGAAACAAAGGCAGAUUUGAGGAUGGCAAAUAUGAUGAAUAUCAAAUAUGUAAAGAAAUAAUCCUGCAUAUUCAUGUUCGAGGGCAGAAUAACAAGAAGUGGAGAGCACUGCUGCAACAAUUGAACUGGAUUUCAUGA